CUUGGUCUUCUUUUUCAUUAGACAGUUUUCCUAACCUGAAUAGUUGUCAACUUUAAUGAUUAAUCUCGGUUCGCGGGACAGAACAACACUUCUUUCUGUCAGAUUCUUUCGUUUCAUGCAAAACUGCAUCGAUUGAAAUCGAAUUUCAUCAAAAUUGAAAUUAACAGUUAUUAGUUAUCACUAUAUUCUUUUUUAAAAAUGGCUACUAUUGAUGACACAAUAAAAGAUCAAACUUUGUCAGAGCGAUUGUUAGAGAAAGGACAAAAAUCACCAUUUCUUAUUGCAAGUUUAAUAAGUUUAGCUGGUAUCUGUGGCUAUGGUUUUUAUGGUUUCAAGAAGAAAAAAAUAUCUACACAAUUAUAUUUAAUACAACUCCGAGUGGCUGCCCAAGGAACAGCAGUAGUUUGCUUGACAAUAGGAAUGGUAUAUCACAUGAUAAAGAAGCAUAUCUUGCAUGAUGAAAAAAAAUCAUAAUGCUUAAUAUUAGAUUAAUAGCUUAAUUGUUUAAUAAAAUAGGAAUUAGAAAAAAGAAUUAUAAAAA